CCGGCGGAAGUGCAGCGGAGUGCACUUCCGGGUGUUGUCUGGCGGCCGCCGCGCGUCUCGGGUCUCCGGGCCACCGCCCGGGUCGUGAAGCCAGGAGCGACGUCACCGCCAUGGCGGGCAUCAAAGCUUUAAUUAGUUUGUCCUUUGGAGGAGCGAUCGGACUGAUGUUUUUGAUGCUUGGAUGUGCCCUUCCAAUAUACAACCAAUACUGGCCCCUCUUCGUUCUCUUCUUUUACAUCCUCUCGCCCAUUCCAUACUGCAUAGCCAGAAGAUUGGUGGACGACACAGACGCCAUGAGCAACGCUUGUAAGGAGCUCGCCAUAUUCCUCACCACAGGCGUCGUCGUCUCGGCCUUUGGGCUCCCUGUAGUGUUUGCCAGGGCACAUCUGAUUGAGUGGGGAGCAUGCGCACUUGUUCUCACCGGAAACACAGUCAUCUUCGCGACUAUUCUAGGCUUCUUCCUGGUCUUCGGGAGCAAUGAUGACUUCAGCUGGCAGCAAUGGUGAAGCGCUGCUGAACUGUAGUCACAUGGACUUCUGUCAUCGGCCGUCCGUCCGUCUGUCUGCCCGCCCGUGCACAGGAGAGGGGCCGUGAUGCUGACUUGUUGGCGAGCCUCUGGGGUGUCCUAGGUGCUCCCUUCUCACUGUUAUCCGCCUCCUGUUUCCACAGGGACCUGCUAAGGAUUAAAAGGAUUUUCUCUUUUGGAAAAGCUUGACUGGUUUCCCACUUCUCUAGCCUAUGCUUUCCAUGGUGUCCUGCUGAAUCUCAAUACGUACAUGUUUUCCCUGUUCAGUUGUUUUAAAAUCAGUAUGCAAUGUUACACAUUUUUUAAGAUGUAAUGACCAUUUGCACUGGUUUAGGAAUU